UGGUUUAAAGUUGUGAUAUACUGCUCGUGAGUCAUCAGCAUCUUCUCCAAAUAAUCAGCAACGUACACUACACUAUUAACGACAAGUCGAGAACCAACCAAACUAAAGAAAACCAACAAAAUGUCUCAACUAAAAAAACAAUAAAAACAAAUAAAUUAAAAGAGUGCUAGCUUAAAGAUGCAAAUGCACCAUUGAAUUAGAAUCUCUCUUGAAGUAAGUCACUGAUGAGCUUAAACUAGAGACAGAGAAAAUGACUACGUUUCUGAAGUCACUCAUCUCCUUACAAGAUUCAUGUCUUGCCUUCAUAUCUCUAAUGUUCCAUGGAGGGAGUUCUGAAGAUGCAGCUGAAGCUCUCAAGAAGCUUGAAGCAUCCGUUAAUGGUGUGAGGAUAAGCAUCGACACGACAUGGACAGGAGAAUUGAGAAGCUUCCUUAUAGUUCCCUUAUUCAAGUGUUUGGUGGCUCUUUGUUUGAUGAUCUCCCUCUUAGUUUUCAUAGAGGGUAUAUACAUGAACCUUGUAGUACUCUAUGUCAAGUUGUUUAAGCGAAAACCGGAAAAAAUCUACAAAUGGGAGCCGAUGCCGGAGGACAUUGAGCUCGGACAUGAAACCUACCCCAUGGUCCUUGUUCAAAUUCCAAUGUACAACGAAAAAGAGGUCCUUCAAUUAUCUAUAGGUGCUGCAUGUAGACUAAUAUGGCCAUUGGAUCGCCUAAUUGUUCAAGUUUUAGAUGAUUCCACUGAUCAAACCAUCAAGGGGCUGGUGAACACAGAGUGUGCAAAAUGGGAAAGCAAAGGCGUAAAAAUAAAGUGUGAGAGGAGAGACAACAGAAAUGGCUAUAAAGCCGGAGCUCUUAAACAAGGCAUGAAGCACAAUUACGUGAAGCUAUGCAACUAUGUUGUCAUCUUCGACGCAGACUUUCAACCGGAGCCUGAUUACCUCCAACGCUCUGUCCCAUUCCUCGUCCAUAACCCCGAGGUCGCUCUUGUUCAAGCCCGUUGGAGAUUCAUGAACGCAAACAAGUGCUUGAUGACGAGGAUGCAAGAGAUGUCCCUCAACUACCACUUCAUGGCAGAGCAAGAAUCUGGAUCCACUAGACAUGCCUUCUUUAGCUUCAAUGGAACUGCGGGUGUAUGGAGAAUGGCCGCAAUGGAAGAAGCUGGAGGAUGGCAUGACCGGACCACUGUAGAGGACAUGGACUUGGCCGUUCGUGCUGGUCUUCUCGGCUGGAAAUUUGUCUUUCUCAAUGACCUCACGGUGAAAAGCGAAUUACCAAGCAAAUUUAAGGCCUUUAGAUUCCAGCAACAUCGAUGGUCUUGUGGUCCAGCUAAUCUCUUCAGGAAAAUGAUUAUGGAGAUUAUUCGCAAUAAGAGAGUGACGCUUUGGAAGAAGUUGUAUUUGGUCUACAGCUUCUUUUUUUUACGGAAGAUCAUCGUCCACUGCUUCACGUUUUUGUUCUACUGCGUUAUUCUUCCUACAAGUGUCUUCUUCCCCGAAGUCAACAUUCCAGCUUGGUCAACUUUUUACAUUCCGUCUAUGAUCACUCUCUGCAUCGUCAUUGCGACACCAAGAUCAUUCUACCUCGUAAUAUUUUGGAUCUUGUUUGAAAACGUAAUGUCUAUGCACCGGACGAAGGGAACUUUCAUCGGCAUACUCGAAAGACAAAGAGUGAACGAAUGGGUUGUCACUGAGAAAUUAGGAGAUGCUCUUAAGACUAAGCUAUUUCCUCGGAUUGGAAAACCUAGUAACAGGUUUCUUGAAAGAGUGAACUCCAAUGAGAUAAUGGUGGGGAUAUACAUCUUGUGUUGUGCUUGCUAUGGACUUUUUUUUGGGAACACAUUGUUAUAUCUCUAUCUCUUCAUGCAAGCGGUUGCUUUUCUCGUAUCCGGAGUUGGCUUUGUCGGCACUUAAAUAUUGAUCACAUUUAGACCUCAAUUUUAGUGUCUAGCUCUUCAACAAGUUAGUUCAUGCUUAAUUACUCAGUCACAAGUUAAUUGUGUAAAUUAGUUUGAUAAUUUCUUGAUAUUUUGUCUAGCUACGUUAGUUUUAUAUCUUGUAUAUCGAAUAAGAUGGUGUUAUACAUCAUUCUAAUCACACAAAACAAACAUACAUUUUUUUAUAUAUUAUAACUGCUUUGAUAAAUUAA